UUGAAUUAUUUGUGAAAUUGAUUCAACGCGCUGUUUACAAGCCACAAGCAUCUUAUCUAAGAAGCGAAUUGAUAACAGCGUACCAGCGUCAGACGGUCACAUAAUGAGCGCCUUUUUUCAACACAAAUAAUUUUAUGGACACAAUAAUCAAAGAAUUCAUUCGACACAAGUGCCCGGAACUGAAUCAUUAAACGCAGAGCGCUCUCCGAAGACGCGGCGCAUUUAAUUCAUUACUCGUUCGUCUCCGCUCGCGUCUGAAACGCGCAUUCAUACCGAGAUUCAACCGAAACGUCGAAAACAACAACAACAACAAUAACAAGUUUAAAUAAUAAAUUAAUUCAGUGCGUGCGUGUGUGUGCGUGAAAAUUUCCAUUCAAAAUGGCAGAAGAAGAAGAAGUAUUGGAUAUGGCAAACACGGUAAACUCCACCAGUUAUACAAUAGAUUUUGAAACACUUAUUGAAGAAGAUAAUGCGAUCUUCUUUUCAAUCGCCACCGUCGGUUUACUGGUACAUGCACUGAUCAUCUAUACGACUGUAAAAAGCAAACGCCUGCGUUCACGUACGAAUAUAAUGAUUAUGAACUGGAUCGCCUUCGAGAUGGUCUCCCACAAUAUAUUAUACCCGCUGCUGCACUAUAUCCGCCUCUAUGAGUACAACUUCUUGUUGCACCUCAUCAGUGGGAACGUCAUGUUCAUGACCAUCACUUCAGCGCUCCUGUGUCUCAACGUGCUGAUGAGCGACUCGGUGAUGAUGAGCAACAAAACAACUUUCAAAGAGUUCCUCGAGCGCUUCUACGCUAUACAACUCACAAUUUAUGCAAUCGUACUCUUUUGGAAGAUGUACACCCAGCAUGAUAUUUAUAUGGAGCUGUUGCUCAUCUUAACCUACUUUAUCAGCUGGAUUGUGCUGGUGCUGAAGGUUUUGUACCGACAGUGCCAUCGGUUUGUCAAGCGCACGACGUUGAACAACAUCGAAGAGUUGCGAUUGCAUCUGGCGACGUUCUUCUUGGUCGGGAAGAUUGUUAUCACUGUGUUUGGCAUCUAUAGCGUGAUGUACAAAAGUAAGGUGUUGUUGCAUUUAACUAGGCUUUGGGGUCUCAGCGGUGUUUAUGUCAUUGUGUUGCUGAUUGUUAAGGAUAUUAACUUUAAGAUUAGUUUAUAUGAGAUUUUGGGAUUGAAUGUUAAGAAUCCGAAUGAUGUUGAUACUAUGAUUAGUGAGGAUAAAGAUGGGGAGGAUAAUUUGGUGGAGACUUGCAUUGAAAACUGAAAUCUAUAUUGAUAUUAUAUGCAUUCUAUUUUUUUUUUAGUUAUGAGAUAAACUUAUUUCAAUACUAAUCUUUACCAAAAAUACUUAAACUGUAAAAUUUCUUUAAAGUCAUCAGAAAUUUUCGGGUAAUAAUAAAAUAUUGCAUAUUAAGUGUCAAAAUUGGAAUUUUUAGUCAUGUAAAGUGUCAUAUUGCGGACCUUGGGCAUUGUUAAUCAAAUUUAAUUCAAUAAAUUGGACGUAACAACUUGCUAACGCUUAAUAAAUGACAAAAAAAAUGUUUUUCACCACUUGUGUUAAGAAAUAAAAAUAUUGAUCGUUAUCUUGGAAACAAUUUUGUCUCCAUAUUAAUAUUAUUGAUAAGAUAUAACAUUAAAUUGAAAUAAACAAUUGGGUUAAUCCCAUGCAAUCCAAA